CAGGCAAUACGCUCUCCCUCUUCACCCUAAAACCAUCAGGCAUCAAGGAGCGGGACCUAAAGACCAAGGAAUCUGAAAGAAUCAAGGCUGCAAGUUUGGACUUUUGAAGAUUGCACGUGAUGACCUAAAGUUUUGACAUUUUUACCUUUUUGAUAUCAUUUACUCAACAAUAUUAAUGGAUUUAAAACACAACCUUGAGGUACGCCAAAAAACGGAAUGUCAGUCUUAAUGUCUUCAACUUCUGGAAAUACGAUGAAAUAACGUUAGAAUAUUUUUUCCUCUGGAGUGAAGUUAGCACGUCUCCCAUGUUAGUUGUGUGAUGGUUGGUGCGAGAACAACACCAAGCGCUGUGGAUGGAGAUGGUGGACUUACGAGAGCAACACUUGUCGCCCGUGGAGGUCAGCUGAACGAAGACGCCACGCAGCUAAGUCUGGAUUAGCCGGCCGAACGAGUUUCAAUGCUCCUCCACGCUCUAAGAUGAAGUUAUGGAAAGGUGCUACUCUUGCCUUCAUGCUCUGUGGCGCUGCCUUAUCCGCUGUGCUCCUUAGAAACAUGGCCGCUCUGGGACAGACCCGACCCAACACCAAAUACCCUCAAACUCCUUCUGCAAGUUAUUCCAAAUCUACUUCAAGGACUCUUUCAAACGUAUCAAAUUCAAAAUCCAAAGCGGAGUCGUCAGCAAUGGGUGGUCCACGGAGGAGAAGUCGAUCAACCGAUGACAUGGGCUCACUUCUCUCUGAGUUCACACGCAUGUUCCAGAGCUUUACGGAGAGCGAGCUGCAGCACGUGGUGGGGGCGCUGUUGGACAGGAAGAGGAGGAAGAGCAGAUUGGACCAGAGCAGGAGGACUAAGAGGGCACGGAGGCCCAAACCCUGCUCCGUCAGAGAGCUAAAACUAACAGUGAGCGAACUAGGCUUGGGCUAUGAGAGCAAUGAGACCAUGCUGCUGCGCUACUGCAGUGGCAAGUGCACGGGUCACCGUAGCAACUACGACAUCACCAUGGAGCACAUGAUGAGGACUGGCUUCAAGAAGAAGGGACGCAAAGACAAGGUGAGCAACGGACCCUGCUGUCGGCCCACCGCCUUUGAAGAAGACUUUUCCUUUUUGGACGAUAACUACAAAUAUCGCACAAUACAGAACUUAUCGGCUAAAAACUGUGGGUGUGUAUGACCCAAAAGACUAACUCAUCUCUUCUCAUGCUGCUCAGCCUCUCAUCAUGGAUCUGGUGUUGUUACUUUGGAGAAUAAGCUCAAUGGAAAUAUUAAAGCUGUCCUUUGGCCACGCUCUGGGCUCUGAGCGUCAGGACCUUCAGUGGACAGUGGACUCAGUGUUUUACAUGGAUUUAUAUAAAGAAGACACACUGCACACACCCCAAACAAGCUUUUACCUGCUAUCUGUAGUGACACUGAGCAAAGUGCUGAAACAAUCAUGUAGCAACACAAUGUUAGCAAUACUGUGGUCCAAUACUUAUGCCAAGUCAGAGUCCUCCUUCUCUUUCAUCCCGGUGAUUAAGCAGAUCUAGAUUUUAUCAACACAAAGGGGCUGUAUGCAGUUUUGGGACAAAUUAUGUGAGAACAAAUUUCUCCUAUUUGAUAUAAGUUCUUUCAACAGGGUUUAAAUACACCCACUUACAACAAAUCUAGUGAGAAUUCAGGCUCUUCAUUCAUACAAUAUCCAUCCAAAAUAAAGUCAGAACUGAUUUUCCAAAUUUUUCAAAAUCCUGACACUGAUUGGCAGUAGUCCAGGACACAGCUGUGAAGGCCUGCAGCUGCAUAUGUCCCUUAUUGCAGUAAAAAUAUGAUGACAUAAAUACUACAUACAGCCUCUUUGACAGCUCCAAUAGUCUCUCCAUGUGCAGAUGUGUUCAGUGUGUUUUUGGUGUCCUGCUUGGCUCUUACAGUGUUAUCACUCAGGUAAAGUGUUACUAAUAAUGCAAUGAAACCCUUCUUUUCUGAUCUGGAGGUUUGGAUCUUCCUCUGUACUUUUUAAUACACUAAAAAAAUGAAAUAUUGACUGGUGCAUUGUGUAAUGCUUCAUGUCUUCAUGGAGAUGUCAGUGCUUUGCUGGGAAUAUUUCACAGUAAUGCAUUACUCAUAUCCAUCUUGCAGCUAUUUAUUUACAAGUGUUUUACCUUAAGAAGCAAAGUGUGCUUGUUUUCCAUUGAUCUGACCUGUAGCUUGACUUAUUGGCUCACUUAUUCACCAUUAGUCUCCAUGGAGAUAGAUAAAUAUAAAGUCAUUCUGUAGAACAUUCCAGGCAAAGCAAGAACAUCUCCACGGAGACAAGCAUCUUUAUUUAAAUACAUUAUGCUAUCUUUUUCCUUGUUAUUCCCAUUGCUGAUCCAAAUGAUUUUUAUGUUAACCUGUUUAUAAUGUAUACUUGGAGUUAACAUAAACAAUUUGGAUGGGAAAAGAUGACAUACUUAAAUUUAAAGUCAAUAUUUCAUUUUUGGGAGUAUAGAUGACUGAAAACGCCUGCUUAAAAACUCAUUAGCACUUCAUCCAAUCUGUUUUCCAUAUUGGUAUUUAUUCUUGUCCCAAAUGAUCCCGUUCCAUUAUCAUCCCCUUGACGAUUUGCCAAAACACAUGUUGAAUCGCGAUGCACCGCUCCUAUGAAGUGAGUCUGGUGGUAAUUUGUGAAGUUUACAUUCGGCAGUGUUGGGAAAUACUGAGUGUGAAGAAGAGGGAUGGAUUUAUUGAGCGAUACUGACACGUUCUUUUUAAACUUUCAGAAAACAAACUAUAAAGCCGGGCUAGAUUUUUGUGAAAUGUGUUGCGUGCUACAUCCUACAUUAUAACUUUUUAAAGAGCCUGUUGUGAUUGGGAUCUGACAUCGUAAAUAGAUUUUUUAUUGGAAAAGUCUGUCAUCUUUAGAUGCCUGGCUGUUAACAACAUAGAGAUACGAAAACAAUAUUAAAAAAAGAGCCAAGCCAUUAACUGCUAGUUUACAAUGGGCAAAUAUAAGACUAUAUUUUCAUAAUACUUUUGUGGGAAUGUUAACUCAAGUAGCUGGCAUCUUAAAAUUUUAAUUGGUUUACAAUUAGGAAAACUGGGAAUAUGAUACAUCUAUAAUUUAAAACUGAACUGGAAAAAGUCAGAUGAUAAACUUUAAAAUAUAAUAUACAAAUGUUCUGUCCUGCUUUGUGUUUAAUAUAUGGUUAAUAUCACUGAGAUAAAAUAUGUCAUCAAAUUAUACUUAUACCUCUUGAACGCACCUACUGAAUUUCCAAACCUCCGGCGCCCGUAGCCUUUCAUCGGCCAGUCCUUUGCCUCCACAUUGUUUUGCCUGCUACACUUUAGAAUAGAAGUCCCUGAUGAACUUAUGAAGCAACUUUUUCCUACUUUUCCUUUCGCCCUUGAAGCCGUCACAACAGAUUGCCUGAAGUACAGUGGUUGUGUUUUUAUGAUUAUUUUUUAAAGAAGGCGCAGCAUGAGGUGUGGAUGCGGCGCAUUUAUAUAUUGUAGUAAAGAUAUUAUUUAUUUGGUAACUAAAUUAUGUUUUGCAUAUUUAUUUAGAUUAGCACACAAGCAGAAACAGGACAGCUUAUUCUCAUUAAGCAUCUGUGCCAAAGUGUUUAUGUAACCUUCUGCUGAAUAAAGCUCAUUUCAGAGGUACUAAA